AUGGGAAAUCCAGAAAACAUAGAGGAUGCAUACGUUGCUGUUAUUCGGCCAAAGAAUGCUGCCAGUCUCAAUUCUCGGGAAUACAGAGCUAAGUCAUAUGAAAUUUUGUUGCAUGAAGUUCCCAUUGAAGGACAGAAAAAAAAGAGAAAGAAGGUUUUGUUGGAAACUAAACUGCAAGGUAACAGUGAAAUAACACAAGGCAUAUUGGACUAUGUAGUAGAAACCACCAAACCAAUUUCUCCUGCAAACCAGGGUAUCAGAGGAAAACGAGUGGUCCUGAUGAAGACAUUUCCUCUGGAUGGGGAGAAGGUGGGCAGAGAAGCAGCGUUAUUUAUUGUUCCGUCAGUUGUUAAAGAUAAUACUAAAUAUACUUAUACUCCAGGAUGCCCAAUUUUUUACUGCUUACAAGAUAUUAUGCGAGUCUGUAGUGAAUCCAGCAGUCACUUUGCUACACUUACAGCAAGAAUGUUAAUAGCCUUGGAUAAGUGGCUAGAUGAACGUCACACACAGUCUCACUUUAUUCCAGCCUUAUUCCGACCUUCUCCUCUUGAGCGGAUAAAAACUAACGUUAUAAACCCUGCAUAUGCUACUGAAUCAGGUCAGGCAGAAAACUCACUACAUAUGGGCUACAGUGCACUAGAAAUAAAGAGUAAAAUGUUAGCCCUAGAGAAAGCAGAUACCUGUAUUUACAACCCUUUGUUUGGAUCAGAUCUUCAGUAUACAAACCGGGUAGAUAAAGUGGUAAUAAAUCCAUACUUUGGUCUUGGAGCUCCGGACUACUCGAAAAUCCAAAUUCCUAAACAGGAAAAAUGGCAGAGGAGCAUGAGCAGUGUCACCGAAGACAAGGAACGACAGUGGGUAGAUGAUUUUCCUCUCCAUCGAAGUGCCUGUGAAGGAGAUUCAGAAUUAUUAAACCGACUUCUCAAUGAAAGAUUUUCAGUCAACCAGUUAGAUAGUGACCACUGGGCACCCAUUCAUUAUGCAUGCUGGUAUGGAAAAGUUGAAGCCACUCGCAUAUUGUUAGAGAAAGGAAAGUGCAAUCCAAACCUUUUAAAUGGACAACUUAGUUCUCCUCUUCAUUUUGCUGCUGGAGGAGGACAUGCUGAAAUAGUACAGAUCCUCCUAAACCAUCCAGAAAUUGACAGACACAUAACAGACCAACAGGGAAGAUCUCCUUUAAAUAUUUGUGAAGAAAACAAACAAAAUAAUUGGGAAGAAGCUGCGAAAUUGUUGAAGGAAGCCAUUAACAAACCAUAUGAAAAAGUUCGGAUAUACAGGAUGGAUGGAUCAUACCGUUCUGUUGAACUGAAGCAUGGAAAUAAUACCACAGUGCAGCAGAUAAUGGAAGGAAUGCGUCUCUCUCAAGAAACACAGCAAUAUUUCACUAUUUGGAUCUGUUCAGAAAACCUCAGCCUUCAACUCAAGCCUUAUCAUAAACCAUUGCAACAUGUUCGUGACUGGCCAGAAAUACUUGCUGAAUUGACUAAUUUGGAUCCCCAAAGGGAAACACCACAGCUUUUCCUAAGAAGAGAUGUGAGACUUCCUUUGGAAGUUGAGAAAAAGAUUGAAGACCCACUAGCUAUUCUUAUUCUCUUUGAUGAAGCCAGAUACAAUUUAUUGAAGGGCUUUUAUACAGCUCCUGAUGCUAAACUGAUAACGUUGGCAAGUCUACUGUUGCAGAUAGUUUAUGGAAAUUAUGAGAGUAAGAAACACAAGCAAGGUUUCCUAAAUGAAGAAAAUCUCAAAUCUAUUGUACCUAUUACGAAAUUGAAAAGUAAGGCACCUCACUGGACAAACCGAAUACUUCAUGAAUACAAGAAUCUUAGUACAAGUGAAGGUGUCAGUAAAGAAAUGCAUCACCUACAGCGUAUGUUCUUACAGAAUUGUUGGGAAAUUCCUACAUAUGGUGCAGCUUUUUUCACAGGACAGAUAUUUACAAAGGCAAGCCCCAGUAAUCAUAAAGUCAUUCCUGUGUAUGUAGGUGUGAAUAUAAAAGGACUUCAUCUCCUCAACAUGGAAACUAAGGCUUUACUCAUCAGUCUUAAGUAUGGUUGCUUCAUGUGGCAGUUGGGAGAUGCUGAUUCAUGUUUUCAGAUCCAUAGUAUGGAAAAUAAAAUGAGCUUUAUAGUACAUACAAAACAGGCUGGCCUUGUGGUAAAACUACUAAUGAAGCUAAAUGGACAGUUAAUGCCCAUGGAAAGAAACUCGUGA